AUGAAGGGCAAUGUCUGCGAGCUGCUCAACGCCUCUCAGCAGGCUCCAGGCGGCGGGGAGGGAGGGAGACCGUCGUGGCUGGCCUCUACACUAGCCUUCAUCCUCAUCUUUACCAUCUUGGUGGACAUCCUGGGCAACCUGCUGGUCAUCCUGUCUGUGUAUCGCAACAAGAAGCUCCGGAACUCAGGGAACAUAUUUGUGGUGAGUUUAGCUGUUGCAGACCUCUUGGUGGCUAUUUACCCCUAUCCCUUGGUGCUGACAUCUAUCCUCAACAAUGGAUGGAAUCUGGGAUAUCUGCACUGUCAAAUCAGUGCAUUUCUAAUGGGCUUGAGUGUCAUCGGCUCGGUGUUCAACAUCACCGGGAUUGCUAUGAACCGCUACUGCUACAUUUGCCACAGUCUCAAGUACGAUAAGAUAUACAGUAACAAGAACUCCCUCUGCUAUGUGCUCCUGAUUUGGAUGCUAACGCUUAUUGCUGUCAUGCCCAACCUGCAAACCGGAACUCUCCAGUACGACCCCCGGAUCUACUCCUGUACCUUCACCCAGUCUGUCAGCUCAGCAUACACGAUAGCCGUGGUGGUUUUUCAUUUCAUAGUGCCUAUGUUUAUUGUCAUCUUCUGCUACUUAAGGAUAUGGGUCCUGGUUCUUCAGGUCAGACGGAGGGUGAAACCUGACAACAAGCCCAAACUGAAGCCCCAGGACUUCAGGAACUUUGUCACCAUGUUUGUAGUUUUUGUACUUUUUGCCAUUUGCUGGGCCCCACUCAACUUCAUAGGCCUUAUUGUGGCCUCAGACCCCGCCGCCAUGGUCCCCAGGAUCCCAGAGUGGCUGUUCGUGGCUAGUUACUACCUGGCAUAUUUCAACAGCUGCCUCAACGCAAUUAUAUACGGACUACUGAACCAAAAUUUCAGAAAGGAAUACAAAAAGAUCAUCGUCUCAUUGUGCACAGCCAAGAUGUUCUUUGUGGACAGUUCAAAUGAUGAAGCAGAUAAGAUUAAAUGUAAGCCCUCUCCACUAAUAACCAAUAAUAAUUUAAUAAAGGUGGACUCUGUUUAA